GAUAGGUCUCAGUACUUUUACUUUAUUUAAAUAAUUAUAGUUUAUCAUAUCCUCUCAUGACACUCCCAUUUCUUUAGCUAAGAUCAUAGAUGAUGAAUUGAUGAUUGGAUUCAUUCCGCCCCCACACACACUACAUACAUAUCAAUUUAUAUUGCAGUAAUUAUUUUAGCCAUCGCGCGUCCUAUCAGCCCCGCCCUUGCAAGGAGAAAGAAUCCAAGUGAAGUAUAAAAGUAGAAUGUACGGUAGAUUUUAUGACAGGAGAGAGCUGGAUAUGUCGUCUCAAGAGUUACAAGAGGUGCCAAUUUCAUCUGUUGAUGGAGAAAAAGAGCAAGCCACAGCUGAUGCUCCAGAAAAAAAGGAAGAUGAAGAGCAAUCACCAAAAGAAGCCAUUAUAAGCAUCUGCAGUGUGCCAGAAGGCCCGGUUCUUCGCCAAAAUACUUCCUCUUUGCUGGUGGCAUGUUUUGGAGAAUUUUUUGGAACAUGGUUGCUAACUCUUGGGAUUUGCACUUCAGUGGCUGCAGCUGCAAUUGCAGGAGCGCAGUCUGCUAUAUGGCAUGUAGCAUUUCCAGGUGGUCUUGGUGUUGCAAUCUCAAUAUGCAUAUCAGCCCACUUCUCCGACGCUCAUCUCAAUCCAGCUGUGUCUCUUGCUUUUGCUGUCAUACGAUUCAAAAAAUUUCAUUGGUUCCGUUUGGGUCCAUAUAUUCUUGCUCAGUUCCUUGGGUCUCUGUUUGCUGGCCUCACUGUCUUCAUUGCUUAUCGAGGAUCUAUCAAUGCAUUUGAAGAUGCUCGUAACAUCACUAGAGGAGAGCCUGGAAGUCAGUUGUCCGCAAUGGCAUUUGGAGAAUAUUUCCCGAACCCUGCUGUCUUCAAUCCUAAUGAGUUUACUGGGAUUACAUCAGUUUUUGAGGCUUUCCUGAUUGAAACUUGGGGUACAUUUAUACUCGUAUUCGUUAUAUUCAGUGUUACUCACCCAAGCAAUGCUAUCAUAUCUAAUAACAAGGGAUUGAUACCAUUUGUCAUUGGUCUAACCGUUGCUAUACUUAUCAGCGUCUAUGGCCCACUUACUAUGGCUGGUCUCAAUCCAGCUAGAGAUUUUGGGCCACGAGUAAUUGCAGCUAUCGCUGGCUGGGGAACCAUAGCCAUACCGGGCCCGAGGAAUGGUUUUUGGCUGUACAUCGUUGGUCCUUUCAUUGGUGGAGUACUUGGAGGAGGUGCUAGUGAUUUAGCUCUCUACUGCAUGAAACGUUUCAAGAAAUAAAGAGCUGCCUUUUAUGAACCCGUAUACUUUUAAAUGUGUGCUAAUUUAAAUCACAGUCUAUUUUAUUAUUUAGUUCUCAGAACUUAGAAAUUAUAUUUUAAAUACAUUCUUUCGAGUUUAAUUAAUUUUAAAUUUAUUCAUUUUGAUUUACUCCACCUUUCAAAAAUUAAAAUAAUUAUAUUUUGUGUUUGCAUUUUGUGAAUUUUCAAAGUCGCCACUACCACGG